GUUGCACUAAGAAAGAAGCUCCUGGAAGGUCACGGUACAAUUUGACUGAAAGACCUCACAUCCACUUGACCACGUGGUAAAAGAGGGCACAUGACAUGACAUCACGGUAAGUUGCACCAAGAAAGAAAUCAUGGCCGCGGCUUCUAGCCCUUCUCCGCGCGACCAAGGCGGAAAAAAGUUCCUCCUUCUGUGGGAGUAUAAGCAAGGAGCAUCAACGUACAACCAACAAGAAGGCUCAUGGCGGCGGUUCCUCCUCUCCCACACUGCGGCACUUGAGCAAGGUUAUCGCAAAGAUACCCUUCAAACGCCUGUUCGGAUCGAAAAGUUGGACCCUGUCGGCGAAGUACAAGCGGUGUACGAAGUGCUUCGUGGUGGAAUAAUUGAAAAAAAGAGUGAUCAUCUUGAGGAGGCUUUUCGACAAAAGAAUCUUCAAACCGGACGUGAGCGUGACGUUCGAAGGCGUUUUGUUGAAAUCGAAAUACGUGAUGGUGAUGGUGACCAUGUUGAAAAAUGUGACGAAGUAGAAAGAGAAGAAGUGGAUGACGAGUUUCGUGUCGUCUAUCUCUUGCGACACGGUGAAAGCGAAGCCAACGCAGCUGGAGAAAAUGGACAUUGGACUAUACCGGACCCCAAACUAACUCCAACUGGUGUAAAGCAGGCGCUGGCGUGGUCAGAAUAUAUGCAUUUAUGUGCCGCUGCACAAAACCUCCGGCAGAAGAACCUCCACCAGCAAAAGAGUCUCCAGGUCCAGCAGAAGCAGAACUCCGUAGCUUCGUCUUCCUCCUCUGCUACCGCAACCAGAAACCCCUCUUCAUCAUGCGAAAGUGAAGAAUUUCAGUACAAAAGGAUCCUCGUAUUGGUCAGCCCCCUACGACGAGCGAUACAAACGGCUUGGGUAGCAUUUCACAUUAAGGGCGCAGAGCCGUCUACUGUUUGUUUGCAAUAUUUGUCAAAUAUUGAAAUUGAAAACUAACAAUAACAUCAGUCAUUAUUUUUGGCCUCAGGAAGUCAAACAAGUCUGCAAACGCUGCCAGUUUUUAUAUUGCACUGAACAUCCUUCCAAAAUGAAAAUGUGUUUAUCAUUAUCUCAGUCAAGAUUAAUCAUAAGUUUCCUUUAACUUCAUAUUGAACCAAAUAGAUGUGCUGGUGCCCUCGGCUAUUCUAGGGGCUGCUCUAAAUUCAAAGUGGUGUGGACUGAUAGCGGCCCGGUGCUGCCGUGCCCACCGCCGCCAACCAGAUUUCUUCUGUCUUACGUGGCUCGCGAGCAGGGUUGGGAACAGGUGGCCAACAGGCAGAUAAAAGCAAUAAGCGCAGUAUCCGUAGUGUAUGGCGCAGAAAUGCGGUAACCUGUUAUUUUCAAUCACGCGGGAAAGAGCCUAGUCUUGGAAAUCUAAUUAAGUAAGUAUAGAUUUCAAGAUAUACGCUUCCCACCUUUCCAUGUUCUAGUAAUCGAUGAUUUCCAAUUAUUUUAUAUACACAGGUAAUCUCCAUCUUCUAGAAAUAGAUGAUUUCCAAUUAUUAUACAUAGAUACACAGGUAAUCUGUGGGUGAUCGUGAUCGUCUUUCAUUGGGAUUGAACUCUUUUAUCUGAUUGUGAUCGUGUUUCAUCAUGAGCUGUGUUUCAUUGUGAUCGUGUUUCAUCGUGAUCGUGUUUCAUUCAUUUAUGCCAGUCUCCAUCCAAGUACGACUACCUGCGCGAGGGUCUUCCUUCGUAUUCAGGGCCCAAUUUGGAUCUGCCCUCCGUAGAAGGAGAGGCUGACAAGCCUCCAGACCGGCGACCCAGCGACAUUUUUUUCGAUAGGCUUUAUUUAAAGCCAGUUAAGGGUGGGAAAAAACUACCUAUAGAUGCCAGGUGGUCGUGUGCUGUUCGGUUCGAUUAGAAAAGGCCGCUAGCUACCUCCUGGCCCGGGAUCGUAGGUCGUUUUGCCUACCGUUUUUAACAAAGGCCAGAACAAAGAUCUCCCGGAGCUUCGUGGUCGAUAUUGGCGAUCGGACAAGUGGGAUGAGAAUGGGUAUCUGCUCAAGUGGGGAGAUGAUCCUCAAAAAGCGGACUUCCUCGAUGGCUUGCGAGAGACUUAUGAAGCAGCGACGCGGCAACUGAAGGACGACAUUUUUCAGCAUUUGUUCGAUACACACUAUGAAGAAGACGGUCUGCAUCAUGACCAUGACGUAGAAGUCGAAGAUAGGCUGUCAAAUAAGACGAGGACUGCUCCUCCGGUGCAAGUAGUUGCACACCAACAACAUCAGCUUCAGCAUCAAGGUCUACAUCAGCACGUUCCACAUCAACAUCGGCAUCAAGGUGCUCAAGGUCUACAUCAAGGUCUACAUCAACAGCCGAACAACUCGGCAAAUCCAGAAACACAGAAACUGCGAGUCGCUCUUCAGAAAACCGCUAUAGUUGUAGUGUCGCAUUACAGGACGAUCAAAGCGCUAUGCGGGUUACGAUUGGGGAACGGACAAAUGGCAAAAUGUCUUUUUCGAAGAAGAUAUGAUCAAAAUCAUGAUCAAAAAACUUCUACAGCUUCCGUCAGUCCUGCAUUUGAACUGGUUUCCGUUUCAAGAUUGCCAGUCCCAGACAACGAAACUACAAGUACACCAGGCAAGAAUAUAAUUAAGGGUUACUUACAACCACAUUGCAUUUCCAACGACCAUCCUGGACUUUUGUCCAAUAGGAAAGGCGUCAAGGAUGGGGCUCAGGAAUGUAGUGCUGUAGCUGUUGUAGCCCCUAACGCAGGCACUAGAGCGGGGAUGACGCCCUCCUCUGGCAUUUCCAACAGCAACAAUAACUCCGCAUCUACAAGAACUUUUCCGGCUUCUCGAGCUUCUUUUGGCACUUGCUUUCAUCCGUCGUCUAUCUCUGAGGGGCGGAGCAGCUCAUUCAUGUCCGCCUCAGUGUUGCUUGUCGGGAAAACGACGGCCAAGAUCCCGUGUGCGUUAUUUUAAGGCUAUCCGAUUCCGAAAUGCAUUGAUAAAUAUGCGAAAGCUUCUAUACCUCUGCCUCUCGUACUUGGGAUAUUCGCUUGAUUGAAAGUGAAAGUAGAAAUGUUUAGGUUUACAUUUAAUUAUGAAUGUAAAGCGAGGUAAUCACAAAUCUUCCCUAUCAUUUCAAGAAUAGGAUCAUGAUGAGGCUGACGAGAACAAAUUAUAUCAUUAUCUAUCAUGAUACUCGUUGGGCGAGGAUCAUGAGGCUGACGAGAGCAAUCGAUGUGCAACUAGAUCAAAUUUGUCUAAUUAUUAGGUGGAGGAUGGGUGCGGACAGGUUUCUGCUUCUCGGACUUUGGCGGGGCGGUAGACCGGGGCGAGCUUCCGCGUGCAGCUGCCUUUCGUGAACUCGCAGAAGAGCUCUUUGGCGUCUGUUCUAUGACUUCUUCAGCAGGAUCUCAGACUCACGCGAUGAAAUCUUCGCAUUCACAGUUGACGGGAGACCAAAUAGUACUUUCUUAAGGGCGGAGGUAAAACAAUGACGGUACUACACGACGGUAGAUGUAGACCGACUACGGGUUGCUUCUGCAUUUGCUAGAGAAGGAUACUGUCCUAAUAGUUUAUAGCACGCAUGGUGCAUGGAGUGCAUGGAGUAGCAUGGAGUGCAUGGAGCGCAGAGCUUUAAGGGGCGCAAGAGGCUCCCCCUGUAGCUCCAUGCUGCUCCAUGUGAUCCAUGCACUCCAUGCCAUGCGCGCCGUGAAACCUUAUAAACUGCUCUGGCUCCUAUUAAAUAUGCACAGUUUUUGCUGAUGUACAAGAUUGAUUGUAUAUCAGGAGAAGUACUACCUCCUCCACGUCUAAUUUUCGUUCACGCAGCAGCUAGAUCGACUUCUCGCAGCUGCCGACUUGGCGGGUGAGCCAACUGUAGCAGGUCCGAUUGCUGUGGGACGGAAAGGGGGGCAUGCGCUUUUUCUCUGCGCAGCAGAGCCUGUGUUGGAAGCAGCGCGAACCGCCGGCCUUGUUGAAGACACUAGUAGUCUCCAGGGCAAGAAGAGUUGUGUUGAGAUGAGUCAACGCCGUACGCAAGAAGAGAUGAGUCAACAGGUCAAGAAGAAUGUUGAGACAACGUCGACAACGACACGCCCUUCAUCUACGACAGCCAUUGUUAAGGCGGGUUACCACAUUGCAUUCCUAUAACAAUUAGUCUGGCUCAGGGCUUGUUUAUGUUUCCUGGAAUGAGAGAGAUGUCAAGGAUGGAACCUGACGGAAAUGGAAUCAUGGUGCUGUAGCCUCUUCUAACGUAGAGUCUCUAGCUCGCGCCCUGCGUCCGAACAACGAGAUCACGGCAGCGACGCUCGUUCCAAUCAGGGAGUUGUUGAGUUUAGGUGGUGGUGAAAAUGGGAUUGAUGUGAAGAUUGAGAAGGGCGGGCAGAAACUGCUCAAAGACGAAAUGCCGCAAGUGAGGAAUAUGGAAGAGAGUAAGCUCGCCUCGUCAUCAAGCAGUUCGUACUCUCCGUCUUCUAGAAGCAAGGUUCAUAUUCCGUCUGCAGCUUCAGGCUUAAAAAAACGACAACGGACGAAUCUUCAGAACAAGUGCUCCCUCCCUGAUGAUCUUGGAGGAAUCAAUAUUGUUUCUAAUAUCCAGCAAACAAGAUCUUCAGAUUACUCGGAAUUUUGUGACGAUGGUUGUGUGAAUGCCUUGUAUCCUCUUUGGGGUGUGGAAGGGGCACACGGAGACGUCAUUGCGUAUGCUUGGCGAACCUCUGUCAUUUUGGAGUCACUUGAUGCAGCUCUGAUUAAGGCUUCCCCAAAUUCAUCUUCAGAAGCAUCUUUGCCACGUUUUCAAGGGGAAAAAACCCCAAAGAAAGAUGCGCUUCAAGAUGAAUAAAGGGAAGGCCUAAUCUGAACGAUAACGAAGGUGUCGAAAUCCUUGUGGGACCCUGGGGAAGACCAAGGGUGCAAGGGCAAUCUUCAGAGCACCUUUACGCCGUAAAUCCGGUAGCAAUGACGCAAACAAAUUUGAGACUCGGAACCGUCCGUCGGGUGUUUCGCUGGCCGCGAAUCCUAUUGCGCAAUUGCUUUGCGAGGGCAUUACAAGAUAGUGGACAAUUGCUGCAAAUGUUGCGAAACGCCGAGGAAAGGAUGGCAGAACUCUAAUUAUACCGUUCCCCGCCAACAAGUAUUGAUGGGUGUACUAGUUUAGCUCAUAGAUGGACAAAUUUUAUCAUGUUCUUGCUGCUUGUUAGAAUUACACAUACAGCACAAGCUACUUAGGAAUAAAACACACUCACACUAUAUUUUAACUUUCGUAUGUAAUCGAUUCUCAUCAUAAUCUGUUGAAGAAGCACUACCGACGUUGUAUGGUCACCCAUGGCAGAUGUGGCACUUUCGAUGGUAGGUGAAGACGUAUUCGGAUGAAGGAAGCCGAUAGAAUGUUCAAUCUAUAUCUCGAGAGCUUCAUGUGACCUUUCGCUUUAUUCUGAAAUCGAUUUGCUUUGAUUGUACUUGUUGAAAAGCAAGACGAAGACUGAGAGUAUGAUCCUCAUAGUACUCAGUUUUUCUUUUUGCCAGGAUCAGGAAGAAAGGCACCGGCCACAUCUGCAAAGAAGUAGAACUGCAAAAAGUUCAGGUCCCCCUUAGUGUGCUGCACAUUACAGAGCGACUCUGUUUGAUGUGCAUGGACGAAAGCAGACUGCUCAUCUCGAGAGAAAAGUACAGAAUCGGAUUUAGUCCUCUUGACGUUGACCUGC